UUGGACUACUGGUAUAUCAGUCACAUUGUUUAUACUGGUCGAGGCAGCAGAUUAUAAGAGAAGCUUAACACUUUAGCACAAAGCACAAUUAGUUUUAAAAAUGAGCAGCAGUCCUCCUCUUGUGAAUGUGAGAAACUGGAUCACACAGAAUGAGAAUGCCUUUCUGCCACCAGUGUGCAACAAGCUCAUGCAUUUCUCCCAGUUGAUUAUCAUGUUUGUUGGAGGUCCAAAUACAAGGAAGGAUUAUCAUAUUGAGGAAGGAGAGGAGCUCUUCUACCAGGUGAAGGGAGACAUGUGUCUGAAGGUGAUAGAAAACGGGAUUCACAAGGAUGUGAACAUCAAGGAGGGAGAGAUGUUCCUUCUGCCAGCGAGGACCCCCCACUCCCCCCAGAGACAGGCCAACACUGUGGGACUGGUGGUGGAGAGGAGACGUCUGCUGAUGGAGAACGACUGCCUGAGGUACUAUGUUGACAACACCACGUAUCCCCUGUUCGAGAAAUGGUUCUACUGUGAGAACCUCGGAACCCAACUGGUGCCAAUCAUCAAAGAGUUCAUGGCAUCAAAGCAGUGCAAAACAGGAAAGCCUGAUGCAAAUGAUGUGUUCAGAGACCCUCCAUUCCAGAUGAACACGAUGAAGGUGAUGUCACCCUUCUCCUUCAAAGACUGGCUGAACACCCAGAGGCCGACCCUGGCCAGCGGCAGCCCCAUCGACAUGUUCGGGGAUCAGUUUGAGACCGAGGUGAUAGUGUAUGGACCUGGGCGCAACGAGACGUCAGUACGGAUAACUGAUGCGUGGGUUUGGCAGAUGGAGGGAUCCUCAAGGGUAACUUUGAAUGAGCAGGAGUUCCUUCUAGCUGCAGGACACAGUUUGCUCAUUCCUGAACAAAGCCAGUACCAGUGGCAGAGAGAUGAAGGGACUGUUGCUCUGUUUGUGGUCCAAAACCCUGAGCGGAAGAGACCCUGAACAUCACACGGCCAUUCACACACACAAUAAAUGUGCGAGUGCAGUCAGUGCCUGUUUAAGGCAUGCCGGUUCCUAAUGGACCCAAUUAUUUGCCUGUGGUGUAUAACUACAGCUCACUUAUGAGAGAAAUUACACUAAAUAAAUCAAUAGAGAUAAAUUGUGAUUAUUUAAAAAAUAAAUAAUAAUGUUCUUCCUGAUUCUCCCCUUUUUGAGUUUCGCUUCCCAAAUGACCACAUUUCCUAUUUUUUCCCCCUUAAAGCAUUGGGUAGGCGUUACAUUAUGGACUCAGUUUUUUUACAGGAACCGUGUCAAAAAGCCUCCCAGUCCAACUGCCAUGUUUUUGAUAGAUUGUGUAGAUUUUCUUUGUAAGUAAAAAAGUGUUAUGAAUGUUUUCAAAUGAAAUAUAUGUAUUGCAUGCAUGCCACGUUCAGGUGCCAGUGUCUUGUUAAAUCAACACCAUGCAUUUAUAAGGGGCUUGCCAAGAAUAAAAAACAGAACUGACUAGGCAUGAUUUUAGUGAUUUGUUUUAAAUAUAAAACUGUGUACUGGCUGCAGACUUAAUAAUAAAUACAUAUGUGUGGUUGUGGACGCAUGAUGUAAAAACGAAAUUAACUUUUUCAGACAGGAAUUACCACACCACACACAACAAAAAAUAAAUAAACAGAGAUUCCCAUUUGUCUAAGGCAUACUUUCUACGCUUUCUGUUAUCUGAAAUGGCUGAAUUGAGAAUAGCUCAUUCACUCACAUAUUUGAAUCAAGGGAGACCUAUUUCUGAGGGAAAUUAUAGAUAUAUCCAUAAGAUGAUGAGAAAUGUGAGUAGUAGCCUACCUGUGUCACAGAGAGUGAAGUAUGGUUGACCCAAAUGCAUGUCAGGAAGAUUCAACAGUAAAUACCUUUAACUUCAGGUAAUCCAGGCAAAACAGAACUUUCGAAAGAACAACAUCCAAGGAUCCUAAAAAAGUAAAAAACCAGGACUUAAAGGUCACCUAUUAUGUAAAAUCCACUUUUUCACGUCUUUUAUACAUAAACAUGUGUCCCAUCUGUGUAAAGAGAUUAUAUAAAAACCUGUCUGAAAAUCAGCUGAUCAGAUUUGGACCACUACUGUAUAUGAUGUCAUAAUGAUUUUUUGGCUAGUGUAACCAUUAGCCAAUAACCAACCAAGGUAACCCCUUAUCACCUGAAUCUCCUCCUAGAGCACCAGUGUGUUCUUUUUAACCAAAUAUCUCGCAGAAGGGCGUUGGGAGUAGCACCCUAUUUUCAUCUAAAGUAAAAGACACAGAAUCAUUCGAGCCAAACACUUCAGAGACAUGUUUUGUAUAUAUAUGAGACCUAUAAUAUAUUGAUGAAAAAGAGUAUAAUAGGGGACCUUUAACUACAAGCUGAAGUAAUGAGGGCAGGGUCGGCGUCAUGGUUGGGUCAUUCGCGGGCCAUGCCCCCCCAAAUGAGUCACUGUGCCCCCCAACGCAGGGCAGGCAAGCCUUGCCACUUUGCCGUUUAAAAAAAAAAAAA